AUGUAUGACCAUGGCGAACCAAUAUGGGCUUCCCAAACUUAUGGUAGGGGGAGCAGGUGCUACAUCACACUCCAGUGUGAUGGAAACCUGGUCAUUUAUAACGACAGUAACACCGCCGUGUGGGCGAGCAACCCCAACUUAGCAGAAGCCACCUACGUCCUCAUCAUGAAAAAAGAUCGCAAUCUUGUUCUCUAUGGCCCCGCACACUGGGCAACCAACACCAACAUCGGUUUCUCUGGUGCUAUGUUCAUCGAAAGUAAGGCCAUCAUCUUCGGUGCUUUGCCUGCUAAUAAACCUACCAAAGAAGCCAAGGCAUCUGGUAUUAUAUCCAUGGUUGUCAACAAUUAA